UGCAAAUUUGGCCUAAUAUUGAAGUGGUGGAAUAUACAAGGAGCAAAUGGAAAAACCAAAGUACUAACACUAGCAUUCAGUGAUUGCAACAGAAAAAGAGCUCUGGUCUGGAUUGAAUCCCAUUCAAUCUGUGAAAUCCAAACUCAACCAAUCACAUUCAAUCAAACUGCCAGGUGUGACUGCCUCAUACUAUUAAAACUUGGAUGAUGAUAUUUCCAAAAAGAGGCCAUCCCUCUCCCCCUUUCUUCCCCAAAAACCAUGCCAGUAACAACAGCAGCUCUGCAGUCUUCUCUAUGCUUCUCUCCUCAUAACCCAUCAUCAUCAUCAUCUUCAUCUUCUAUUCCCUCCAAUUUCCAGACCUCCAACACCACCACCCAUUUGGCAGCUAAACCCCAAAGCAUUCUCCAAAAGCACCCACUAUACACCCCCACCCACACCAAACUCUCCCUCCAAUUCAAAGAGAAAAUCCUCUGCCUUGAAAUCAUGGGAGUUGAUGCAGGCAAAGCACUCUCCCAAAACCCUAAUCUCCACUCAGCAACUCUCGACUCAAUCCAAGCCAUAAUCACCUUCCUUCAAUCCAAAGGCAUACAAGAGAAGGACUUGGCCAAGAUCUUUGGGAUGUGCCCCCAUAUCCUCACCUCCAACAUCAAAACUGAGCUCAUCCCAGUUUUCAAUUUCCUCUCAGAUUACCUCCAAGUCCCAGAACAUAACUUCAGAAAGGUCAUCAACAAAUGCCCAAGAUUGCUUGCUUCAAGUGUGAGUGACCAGCUCAAACCAGCUUUGUUUUAUCUUCAGAGACUUGGGUUCAAGGACUUGCAUGCUUUAGCUUACCAUGACUCUGUGCUCUUGGUUUCGAGUGUGGAAAAGACCCUGAUUCCCAAGUUAAAUUUUUUGGUCGGUUUGGGGAUUCCAAGAGAUGAGGCUGUGGGGUUGGUGCUGAGGUGUCCUGCAUUGCUCACUUUCAGCAUUGAGAAUAACUACAAGCCAAAGUAUGAGUACUUCUCUGUGGAUAUGGGAUUGAAAUUGGAGGAUUUGAAGGAGUUUCCUCAGUACUUUGCUUUUAGUUUGGAGAAGAGGAUAAAGCCAAGGCAUAUGGAGGUUGUGCAAAGUGGGGUACAUGUGCCUUUGCCACUUAUGCUCAAGAGCACUGAUGAGGAGUUUAGGGAGUUGCUGAAGCAAUUUGGAGGUGGAUGAGCAUUGCAAUUUGCAAGUUUGUAGGUUCUUAAAUGAUGUAUGAAUUCAAAUCCUCACUUUGUAUUAGGUGCACUAGGUAAUUCAAAAGGAAAAGGCAAUUAAAAGAGAGACAUUUUUCAUAGAUAGAUGCUCAAAAGAGAGCAGUUCAUACAUCUUAAAGGAAUUGAAGGGUGAUCUCCCACAGCUGGCAUGUGACACGUGGUCAAGGACCACUGGAUGCUGAUCUCACAGACAAACUCCACCAACAGUACUGAACCAACACAGGGCACAUGGUUGCAAAGAAGCAGCGAGGGUGGCGCUGCUAUGCUCUGCUGAUGCUCGUACUUUUCUCCAUGCUAUUAAGUAAGGAGUGGGGCUUGACCCUAACACUUAGGCCCCGUUUGGGAAUUAGAUUUUGAUUUAAAAAUCAGAUGUAUUUCCUUUCAAAAAUCAGAUGUAUUUAAAAAUACGUGCAAUUGAAGAUUGAAUAUUAAUUUUACUGUUUGGAUUACAGUUAA